AUGAUUUCUGUUCAUACAUUCGUGAGGCAUUUCUCACGGAAGCGCGCAGAGAAUCUGAGGAAAAUCAACCCGAAGAUGACCCCUCAAGAGGCCUCUUCCAUUGCUCAAGACCUCUACCAUGUCAUCAAGCAAUGUGGCCCUCUCACCGUCUCCAACGCUUGGAUUCACGCCCAGGAAUCUGGUAUUAGUGGAUUGAACAGCAAGACACAUCUGAAGCUAAUGCUCAAAUGGAUGAGGGGGAGGAAGAUGCUGAAUCUGCUCUGCAACCAAUUUGGUUCGAGCAAGAAAUUUCUGCUAACUACUUUGCCUGAAGAGCCUGAAACUGAACAAGUGAAAAGUCCCUCUAGUCCGAAACUGCAGACUGAAAAGCCUUCCAUAAAGCGAAAGAAAGCCAACUAG